AUGGAACCAAAACUCCACCCUCCUCUCACCGUUUCAAACACAAAGAACCUGAUUCCCAUAACCCUGGAAGCCGAAUCAACACAAUACUCGACCUGGUCUGAACUAUUUCGCAUUCAGUGUCGUGUUUACCAAGUUCUCGAUCAUCUAUCCCCCAAACCCACCACUGAUUCCGAUGCCGCAAAAACUACCACAACAAAACCCACUGAUGAUUCUGAUUCCACACCAAAAUCCACCACCCCACCUCCAGCCGACGCAUCUUGGGACAGGCUGGACGCUGUUGUCCUGCAAUGGAUCUGCAGCAAAGUCUCGACCGACCUCCUCAACACCGUCAUCACCCUUGGCAUGACCGCCUACGACGCCUGGACAACCCUUGCUAGCCUCUUUAAUGACAAUAAGGCUGCUCGAGCCCUCCAUCUCACCCACAAACUCACCACCACUCGACCAGAGAAUUUCCCGAACAUGUCGGCAUACUACGAGGCCGUCAAGACUAUCGCGGAUGAACUCAGUAACGUUGACUGCCCGCUUGAUAAUCAUCGCCUUGUCUUGCAGCUGCUUGCAGGAUUGACUGGCGCUUAUGAAGGUAUCUCCACUAUCUUGCAGUCGAAAGAACCCCUGCCUUCCUUUUAUGAAGCCCGGACAUAA